AUGAUAAACAUUACUUCUUACAAGAGAAGAAGAUUACGGCAAAAACCGAAUAUUCUUAUAGCUCAACAAUCCCGAGAAUUAGGCCAACUUGCAGGACUCAGACAAUUGAAGAAUGUCACAGAUCAAGGCAUUAUUCCCAUUAGUCUAUUUCGUUUACGAAAGCGCAAAUUGGAAGAAAUUUAUAGCUACUUGUCAAGCCACCGAUUGACUCAUGAUAAAGAACCUGACAUUGAAUCCUUGCAAACUCAUGAAUUGGCUGAAUAUCUUUUACACACAAUCUACCCGGGCUAUCCUGCAUGUAGAGCUAAGAAUGUUGCUUAUGCAGAUUAUCGAGAAUGUCGGGAAAAACAAACAGGAAGACUAGAUCCUUUGGCUUAUGAUUCAGUGCCAACAACAGAAGUGUAUGAUCGAUUAGAUGAAGUAUAUCGAAUAGAUGUUGACUGGCAAGAUCAAGAUAAUCCUACUUGUUCUGUUGAUAUUCCUAUUUCAGUACUCAAAAAAUCAAUGGAACGAAUACACAUAGCUCGCUAUCAUCAAGAAGACCAAAAGGAAUAUCAUUUAUGCUUUUGGAAUUCAACACGGACUUUGAUAAAGCCACAAUGUACUUCUUUACGUCUUGAUUCAUACGAAAUUUGGAAUGAUAGACAAAAAAAAUUAGUGGCAGAAGGAUUUAUGCAUAUCGAUAUAACAGAAAGUUUGAUUUAUUGCCUCUCUAGUAAAAGCUCGAGGUUUACAUUAAAUCAUGCAUUCAAUUUGCAUGGUGGUACAGAAAAUUCUAAACCCAACUCAAACAGAAAUAUUAUGACACUUCAAGUUGAAUUGGUAGAUAACAAUGAGCACAACAUCAGUCACAUAUCCUUCUCUUGUGUGGCAAAAAAGUCUACAGAACAACUUGUAUGCGAGCUUUAUUUACAGACCAUGACAGGCUGCAUUGCUCGUGGUAUUCGGAAAAGUACUUCUCCAUUAAAGGCCCAGCAAACGGCCAUUGAUCUGUUAAAAGAAUACCACAAGGCAGAAAAUAUACAAGACAAAUUAAAAAAUGCGGAAGCUGCCUUUAUGGCCUAUCUCGACAAUAAUGGUUAUGCAGCAGUAGAGACAUCAAGCGAAGAGGAAUACGAUCAAGAAGACUUUGUAGAAAUUAUUUCUCUCUUAGAUGCUGUCACCAAGACUCGAAUAAAGCAUCCUACAACGAGUAUUCAUUGUCGACAUCGUACUUGCUUUGAUGCAGUUCCGUUUUUUGAUCAACAUGCGGAAAUCAAACUUUGGCAUUGUCCUAUUUGCUCUGUUCAUAUCAAAAGCUUUGAAGAACUAAGAGUUGAUUAUACAGUCAAAGUUGCGUUAAAUCAAUAUCCAGAUCAAGAUGAGUUAUAUUUGUUUGAUCUCGAUCGACUUUCUCCUCUUGAAGCCGGAGCCAAACGCAAGAUAACUAACAGUUUAAGUUCAAAGAUCUAA